CCCAUUCUGCAACCCUCCGGAAAAAUGAGCGAAUCGAGCGAUCAAUGUCGUACCAGAUCCGAAUCAUCCCGUGUUGCAUUAUCUCGGUGGCAAGAUCUUUCUGAAGAUGUUCAGGAUGAGAUAUUUUGGAAGCUACCAGCGAAAUCCGUCUCGUUAUCUAGGUGUGUAUGAUACUUUGGAAACCUAGUUUUAUCAAGAUUCAUGUUAAUAAAUCUAUUCGGAGCAACAGAAGCAACCCUAAACUCUUGUUUAGUCAUCGUUGGGUACUCUAUUCCCCUAAGAUUUACUCUGUACCUAUAGAUUAUGCUUCAAUUUCAGUGGCAUCAUCAUCUUUUUUAAGUGUUGUAUAUGAAGGAGCAGUUCCGAUGAAUUACCCAUUUGAAUCUAACAAAAUGUAUCAUCACCAAUUCUUGGGUUCAUGUAAUGGCUUGAUUUGCUUCAAGUUUCAUGUUAUUGACUGGGGAGCUGAUUAUCAAAGGAGACGUGAGGAGGAGACUAAAUAUAGUGUUUUGAACCCAUUAACACGACAAUUUAAGGAAUUUACUAUGCAAAUAGUGGAUAGAAUUGGUAAUGGCAUCACCUAUGGAUUUGGUUAUGACAGCAAAAUUGAUGAUUACAAAUUAGUAGCAAUAUUGAAUAAUGGUGAUUCCUCCAAUAUUGAAGUUUAUAAAGUGAGAUCAAAUUCCCAGACUAGUAUUCGGGGCACUCACAAAUACUGGUUUUAUUGUGGCAAAAGAUCUUGUGGUGUGUUUUUAAAUGGUUGUCUUCAUUGGUUGGGAUGUACUGCCCCCCACGCCGUACCUAUAUUAUGUUUUGAUAUCAGCAAUGAGAUAAUGCUUAGUAUCCCGUUACCUGAAAUUAUUCGCCCCUCUAUAGCUUCUCCUGGAGAAGUUCAUAAAAGUGUGGGAGUGUUGGGAGACAACAUUUGUGUAGUUUUUUGGGAUUCUGUUAGACUUAAUGUGUGGGUGAUGCAGGAGUACAGAGUAAAGGAAUCUUGGAUAAAUUUAUUUACCACAAGCCGAGUACCCAGCUCGAAUCGAAUGCCAUCUUGGAAGCCACUUUUGUGCUUUGACGAUGGGAAAAUUCUUGUAGACUAUGAAUUCGAGGACUUGCGUAUAUUGGAUCCAACAACUGAAGCAGCUAGAUUAGUGGGGUUCCAUGAUAUCCCUAUGGGCGAUAAUUGAGAGAGUUAUGUGGAGACCAUAGCCUCACUUGGCUCUAGUACUUAUCUGGAAAGGCGGAUUACAGAUGGGACCAUGAAGAAUCCCAAGCGACGAUGAUUGAGGUAAAAAUAUCACAUGGGGUGUAAGACAUCAAACAACUUGAUUUACAAAGAGAAGACGGCUAUUUCAUUCUUGCUAGGGAAUAUGGCCAAGGGUCUGAUAUGGGCAACAGCUGAGGACUUGGCAAGGAAUAGAGGACAAGUCCUUUCUCUGUAUCGUCAGAUAUUUAGAAGCCUCAAUUUCCCAAAACUUCCCCUGAACUUAGCAGCAAGAUUGGCCAAGAAAGCAGAGGCUUGUGUUAUCUUCAUGCUGGGUGCAGAAGAUUAAUCCCUUAACAACAUUGAGGACCUUAUUGAUACCGGAGAGUACGCUUUUUCCCUCUUAAGAAAAGGAAAAAUGCCUAAAUACAUCCAAUGAGUGCACCACUGGUUACUGAACCUCUUCUUUGCUAUACAUAGUUUGCUAGUUCUUUUAUAGAUUUUUUACACUUUCCUUCAGAUUUUAUUUGUUCAUGUCAAAUGCUGUACAAGAAAAAAAAAGGAGGGAAAAAAAUGUAGCUUUUAGCUGCUGACUUCGAAAUAUUUUAUUUGUUUAUGAUGGAGUUGGAACUUUCGCUUUUUGUUUCA